CAUUUCAUCAUCAUGAUAAUUAUUUAAAUGAGAAUGAUGAAAUGAUUUAAUUUCACGAAUCAAUCAAUCGAUUAAACGAUGAAACGAUCACAGUCAUACUUUGUCCAGGAUUUGAAUAUCAACAACAACAACAACAACGACAGUGCGAAGAAAACGAAAUCAGAUCCAUCUAAUACGAAACGUUUACAACAAGAAUUUUUCACACAAUAUUCAACAAUUGAAUUGGCUAAAAACUUACUUGGUAAAUUAUUAUGCCGUCAAUUUGAUAAUGGUGUACAGAUAAAAGGAAUGAUUGUCGAAACGGAAGCCUAUAUUGGACCAGAAGAUCAUGCUUCAUAUACAUUCGGUGGCCGUCGAACUGUCGCUAAUGAACCAAUGUAUAUGACACCCGGUACAUGUUUCAUACGACUUAUAUAUGGAAUGUAUUAUUGUUUCAAUCUAUCUAGUCAGGAUUAUGGCGGAGCCGUUCUCAUACGAGCUGUUGAACCUUUGGUUGAUUCUAUUGAUAAAAUGAUUGAAUUACGGCUGCGACAUCCGAAAGCAUCCAGCAAUUCACAACAAUUCAAAUCAAAACCAUAUUUAUUAGCUAAUGGUCCAUCCAAAUUAUGUAUUGCAUUCAAUAUUGAUCAAUUUAUGAAUCGAAAAAAUAUCAUAACCGAUCAUUCAAUUUGGUUAGAACACAAUGAUGAUGAUAAUGAUCCACUAGAAAUAAAACCGGAAAAUAUUGUUGAAUCAACACGAAUAGGUAUUAGUUCGAAAAAUCCAUGGUCCAAUCGAUUGUUGAGAUUUUAUUUACGACAAAACAGAUCUUUCUGAUUUAGCAUCAUCGAAUUUUUCAAAAUAAAUCAAUUUUUCUUUCGGAUCAGGAAUGAUUGUUUCUGAACCAGGUUUCCAAUUUGCUG